AUGAGAUGCCUUCACUCACCUUGUACAGAUCUCGGCGUGCCCAAACCUACCAAAGCGGAACUUGAUGGUAAAACAGGAAUAUUGGAACUUGAGUUCACCCUGAUUUCCGGGGCGACUUCGUACACAGUGAUUCUGGUUUCCGGUUAUGAAGUUUGGCAAGUGUUUCACAUCACACCAUACACACGUUUCAUUGCCGAAAUUACGUGUUCCACUUGUGCUGUGGCCGUCCGUGCUGUGAACGCGCAUGACAAAGGUGCCUUCUCCGAUUUGCUCCCGAUCUCCUGUAAGCGCACAUUGGAUAUCGUUAUUCCAUAA